AUGGACUUCCCCACUGCACAGCCCAAGCCGCCCACGGCCCUCUGUGGCGUGGUGAGCUCCGAUGGCAAAAUCACCUACCCUCCGGGGGUGAAAGAGAUCACGGACAAGAUCACCAACGACGAGGUGGUCAAACGGCUCAAGAUGGUAGUAAAAACCUUUAUGGACAUGGAUCAGGACUCAGAAGAUGAAAAGCAGCAGUAUCUCCCUCUAGCCUUGCAUCUUGCAUCUGAAUUCUUCCUCAGGAAUCCCAACAAAGAUGUACGUCUUCUUGUAGCAUGUUGUUUGGCUGAUAUUUUCCGAAUAUAUGCUCCAGAGGCACCAUAUACUUCCCAUGACAAACUCAAGGACAUAUUUUUGUUCAUUACAAGACAGCUAAAAGGUUUGGAAGAUACUAAGAGUCCACAAUUUAAUAGAUAUUUUUACUUAUUAGAGAAUUUAGCUUGGGUUAAAUCCUAUAACAUCUGCUUUGAAUUGGAAGAUUGCAAUGAAAUUUUUAUUCAGCUUUUUAGAACUCUCUUCUCAGUAAUCAACAAUAGCCACAAUAAGAAGGUACAAAUGCACAUGUUGGACUUGAUGAGUUCUAUCAUCAUGGAAGGUGAUGGAGUAACUCAAGAAUUAUUGGAUUCUAUUCUUAUUAACCUCAUUCCUGCCCACAAGAACUUAAAUAAACAAGCAUUUGAUCUUGCAAAAGUCCUACUGAAAAGAACAGUUCAGAUCAUUGAGGCAUCCAUUGCCAAUUUUUUCAACCAAGUUCUGGUGUUAGGAAGGUCAUCAGUAAGUGAUUUAUCAGAGCAUGUAUUUGAUCUGAUACAGGAACUUUUUGCCAUAGAUCCUCAUUUAUUGCUCUCUGUUAUGCCACAACUUGAAUUCAAACUAAAGAGCAAUGAUGGAGAAGAACGUUUGGCUGUGGUUCGAUUGCUAGCUAAAUUGUUUGGAUCUAAAGAUUCUGAUUUGGCAACACAGAAUCGACCUCUGUGGCAGUGCUUUCUUGGAAGAUUUAAUGACAUUCAUGUUCCAGUGAGGUUAGAAAGUGUGAAAUUUGCAAGUCACUGUUUAAUGAAUCACCCAGACUUAGCAAAGGACCUUACAGAAUACUUGAAGGUUAGGUCUCAUGAUCCAGAAGAAGCUAUUCGUCAUGACGUCAUUGUUACCAUAAUAACAGCUGGCAAAAGAGACCUUUCUUUAGUCAAUGAUCAGUUACUUGGCUUUGUGAGGGAAAGAACAUUGGACAAACGGUGGAGAGUUCGAAAAGAAGCUAUGAUGGGCCUCGCCCAACUUUAUAAGAAGUACUGUCUUCAUGCAGAAGCUGGGAGGGAAGCUGCUGAGAAAGUGAGCUGGAUAAAGGAUAAACUUUUGCACAUAUAUUAUCAAAAUAGCAUUGAUGACAAGUUGUUGGUAGAAAAAAUCUUUGCUCAGUACCUUGUUCCUCACAAUCUUGAAACAGAAGAAAGAAUGAAAUGUUUAUAUUAUUUGUAUGCCAGCUUGGAUCCAAAUGCUGUAAAGGCACUCAAUGAAAUGUGGAAGUGCCAGAAUCUACUCAGGAGUCAUGUACGGGAGUUACUGGAUUUGCACAAACAGCCACCCUCAGAAGCUAAUAGUUCUGCCAUGUUUGGAAAGCUGAUGACCAUAGCGAAGAAUUUGCCUGAUCCUGGAAAAGCUCAAGAUUUUGUGAAAAAGUUCAAUCAGGUCCUUGGGGAUGAUGAAAAACUUCGGUCUCAGUUAGAAUUACUAAUCAGCCCUACAUGUUCAUGUAAACAGGCAGAUGUCUGUGUGAGAGAAAUAGCUCGGAAACUUGCAAACCCCAAGCAGCCAACUAAUCCAUUCCUUGAGAUGGUCAAAUUUCUUUUGGAAAGAAUUGCACCUGUGCACAUUGACUCAGAAGCUAUCAGUGCACUAGUAAAGCUGAUGAACAAGUCAAUAGAAGGAACUGCUGAUGAUGAAGAGGAGGGUGUAAGUCCAGAUACAGCAAUUCGUGCAGGACUUGAACUACUUAAGGUUCUAUCUUUCACACAUCCUACCUCGUUUCACUCAGCAGAGACAUAUGAGUCCCUGCUGCAGUGCCUCAGAAUGGAAGAUGACAAAGUAGCAGAAGCCGCCAUACAGAUUUUUAGGAAUACGGGACACAAAAUAGAAACAGACCUUCCACAAAUAAGAUCCACCUUGAUUCCUAUUUUACAUCAGAAAGCAAAGAGAGGUACUCCACACCAAGCAAAACAAGCUGUCCAUUGUAUCCAUGCCAUAUUCACAAAUAAAGAAGUACAGCUUGCACAGAUUUUUGAGCCUCUCAGUAGGAGUCUGAAUGCUGAUGUUCCGGAACAGCUUAUAACCCCAUUAGUUUCAUUGGGCCAUAUUUCCAUGUUAGCACCAGAUCAGUUUGCUUCACCAAUGAAAUCUGUAGUAGCAAAUUUUAUCGUGAAAGAUCUUCUAAUGAAUGACAGGUCAACAGGUGAGAAGAAUGGAAAAUUAUGGUCUCCAGAUGAAGAAGUUUCCCCAGAAGUACUAGCCAAAGUUCAAGCAAUUAAGCUUCUUGUGAGAUGGCUAUUAGGGAUGAAAAACAACCAGUCCAAGUCUGCCAAUUCAACCCUUCGGUUAUUAUCAGCAAUGUUGGUUAGUGAAGGGGAUCUGACAGAACAAAAGAGAAUCAGUAAAUCUGAUAUGUCUCGUUUGCGACUGGCUGCUGGUAGUGCCAUAAUGAAGCUUGCUCAGGAGCCUUGUUACCAUGAAAUUAUUACACCAGAACAGUUCCAGCUCUGUGCACUUGUUAUUAAUGAUGAGUGCUACCAAGUGAGGCAGAUAUUCGCUCAAAAACUGCAUAAGGCACUUGUGAAGUUACUACUCCCAUUGGAGUAUAUGGCAAUCUUUGCACUGUGUGCCAAAGAUCCUGUGAAAGAGAGGAGAGCCCAUGCUCGACAGUGUUUGCUAAAGAACAUCAGCAUACGAAGGGAAUAUAUUAAACAGAAUCCCAUGGCUACUGAAAAGCUAUUAUCCCUGCUGCCUGAAUAUGUAGUUCCAUAUAUGAUUCACUUGCUGGCACAUGACCCAGAUUUUACAAAACCUCAAGAUGUUGAUCAACUUCGUGAUAUCAAAGAGUGCCUGUGGUUCAUGCUUGAAGUUUUAAUGACAAAGAAUGAGAAUAACAGCCAUGCCUUUAUGAAGAAGAUGGCAGAAAAUAUCAAGUUAACCAGAGAUGCCCAGUCUCCUGAUGAGCCUAAGACUAAUGAAAAACUUUAUACAGUAUGUGAUGUUGCUCUUUGUGUUAUAAAUAGUAAAAGUGCAUUAUGCAAUGCAGAUUCACCAAAGGACCCAGUCCUCCCAACCAAAUUUUUCACUCAACCUGAAAAGGAUUUCUGUAAUGACAGGAGUUAUAUUUCUGAAGAGACAAGAGUUCUCCUUUUAACAGGAAAGCCAAAACCUGCUGGAGUACUAGGUGCUGUGAACAAGCCUUUAUCAGCAACAGGAAGGAAACCUUAUGUCAGAAGCACAGGAACAGAACCUGGAAGCAAUAUUAAUGUAAACUCAGAGCUGAACCCUUCAACAGGAAAUAGAUCAAGGGAACCAAGUUCAGAAGCUUCAGAAACUGGAGUUAGUGAAAAUGAGGAGAAUCCUGUUAGAAUCAUCUCAGUCACACCAGUUAAGACGGAGCCUGUAAAAAAUAAGGAGAUUAACUCUGAUCAGGCUACCCAAGGCAACAUCAGUACUGACCGAGGAAAGAAAAGAACAGCAACAGCUUCUGGAGCAGAGAAUAUCCAACAGAAAGCAGAAGAAAAAGUAGAUGAGACAGGACCACCUGCCCCUCCCAAGGCUAGGCGAGGACGUCGGCCCAAGACUGAAUCUCAGAGCAGUGCAACAAAAAAUGACGAGACAAAUAAAGCAGCGGGUAGGGGAAGAAAGAGGGCCGCAGGUGGUCAGGAGAGCCCAGGGGGGCUGGAGGCAAGCAAUGCCAAAGCACCUAAACUACAAGAUGUAGCCAAAAAAGCAGCACCAGCAGAGAGGCAAAUUGAUUUACAAAGGUAA